AUGCUGGCUACUAUAAGCAGUGAAAGCAAAAGAGCGGCUUCUCAAACAGCCGUCAGCUUGUUGCAAAGCGUUUUGGAAGAACGCGAUAAGGUCUUUGUAAGGACUGGAGGGAAUAACAGCAGGAAAAAGCAUGGCCUGGUGGAAGAGAUUGCCCAAUCGGCGGCGGCAGGUAUUGGUACCAUCUCUGAAGCCUUGCAUCACAGAAGAGAGAAGAAGUCCAGAGCACUGGAUCCACAAAGGCCCUCGAGUCAUUCAGGAAGUAUCAGCAACACGGAGUCUACACCGAUACAGCUUGACGAAGGAACAGGGAAAGCGAACACCCCUGACCUGGGAGCAGCAACGCCCAUGUCAACUUCGCCACCUUCUCAAAACAUACAUGAUCUUGCAUCAGCUUUCAUCAAGCGACACCCGUUGAAAACUACUGGAAGUUCUGAGGACGGGCAGAGGCUCUCUCUGCCAGUGCUUGUGCCCCAGAGACGGCCCGAGAAGCGAGCGCGGGGUUUCAUACGAGCAUACGCACCCAUGCUAGUCGACGUUAAGAUCAAUCAAGAUACUUUCCUCGACUUCAUCGAUACCCUCAACAAGUCACUGGAACCCAAUCCUUGGAUCAGUGCCGUCAAUUUGGCGGGCUUUGCAGGAGAAGCGCUGCCAGAUCCGGCGUCGCUGCUCUUUGGAUUCGCCGUCGAGGCUGCCACCGAGGCCGUCAUGGAGGGACAAAGUCUGUUCUGCUCCAACAAGUUCUUGAACUGCGUCAAUGCAGACUUCUUCAUUCCAAGAGGGUUGGUCUGCCUCGUUGUUACGUGGCAGCCCGACAACGACUGCGACCAAGUCGCAACCAAUUUUGUGGAGGAAGUGGAUACGCUACAAACCAAGCCUGAUUUAAAGCGGGAAAUUUCAGAUGUUGCUGCAGGGAAAAAGAAGCCUUCAGAGGGCUGGCAAGAGUUGAAGACACAGAUGGGCGACUUGAUGAAGCCCACUCGUGGCGACUUCAAGUGGCCUGAACCGGCGCCCCUUAUCUUCCCGGACGUUAAGAGCACUCCCAAAAAGGGUGACGUUGAAGCUAAAAAGAAGAACGCUUGGGACAGAAUGGAAGAUUGGAUCAACAACCACUCGGACAAACGCGCUCAAGCUAGCUGGAUUGACGAGAACAAGAAUCAUCCGAGGAUGAACUUGAUGCCACAGCCAAAGUUUAAGUCACGAUACGCUGACCCGAAUCAUCAAGUCUCUAGCGGUGAUCUUGUCUCUUUGGUCACAGGAGGUCGCUGGAGGCUUGCUACGGACACAAAGGACGAAACAAGCAAACGGCCAGAGAGGAUGGCUGAUGAAAAGUGUGACAAAGAGAAAGGGUUGCGGGAGAGUAGUAACAAGGACGAGAAGAAGAAGAAGAGUACAACGAAGGAUAGAAAGAAAGGCAUCCUGGAAGCGGAUCGAGAGAAGAAGGACGAUGGCGAGACUGGGGAGAUAACAGCUUACCAAGAGAGGAGCCUGGAGACUGUUAGUCUGAGAAGCCACACAGAAGAAGGAGGCGCUGAGAAAGAUGUCGGGAAAGAUGGUGUAACGAAUACAAAAGACAUAUGCAGAGUUGGCGAGAUUGAAGGUGGAGACAGGGGCAUGGUCAGGGCCAAAGAGGCGAAGAAGAAAGCCGGUUCUUCAAGCAAGUCUGGUGAUGUCUUCAAGGGUCUGUUCCAAAAGGACGUACUCUAUCUGGCUAUCCUUGAACUACCCUCCCAAGGGAAGGCCGACUGA